GGCCGCAGCGGGGGCAGACAUGGCGGUCAACGUGUACUCCACCUCGGUGACCAGCGACAACCUGAGUCGGCACGACAUGCUGGCCUGGAUCAACGAGUCGCUGCAGCUCACCCUCACCAAGAUUGAGCAGCUGUGCUCGGGUGCUGCCUACUGUCAGUUCAUGGACAUGCUCUUCCCUGGCUCUGUAGCACUCAAGAAAGUGAAAUUCCAAGCAAAGUUGGAACACGAGUACAUUCAAAACUUCAAGAUUCUACAAGCAGGUUUUAAACGAAUGGGUGUUGACAAAAUAAUUCCUGUGGACAGACUAGUGAAAGGAAAAUUUCAGGACAAUUUUGAAUUUGUUCAGUGGUUCAAAAAAUUUUUUGACGCGAACUACGACGGAAAGGACUAUGAUCCCGUUGCUGCCCGGCAAGGCCAAGAGACAGUAGCAUCUAACCUUGUCACUCCAGUUAUGAACAAGCCCAAGAAAGCACUUGGUUCUAGCGGUGCAGAUAACAGUUUCUUGGGAGCAACAGAGACGAAGGCUGCAAAAACAGACUCUUCUUCCAUAAAGAAAAUGGCAAUGAUUGCUCCACAGAGACCCAUAGUUACACAGAGGCCCACAGCAGGUCCUAAAACUACCACUGCUAUGGUUAAAAAAGCUCCAGGAGGAAUAGGAGAAGAUGAAUCAGCAGAAUUGAUUCAACAGAUCAACGUAUUGAAGCUCACUGUUGAAGACCUGGAGAAGGAGCGGGACUUCUAUUUUGGCAAAUUGAGAAACAUUGAACUGAUCUGCCAGGAGAACGAAGGGGAGAACGAUCCAGUGUUGCAGAGGAUUGUGGAAAUUCUUUAUGCCACAGAUGAAGGCUUUGUGAUUCCCGACGAAGGAGCACCACAGGAAGAACAAGAAGAGUAUUAACGGUCCACCUACUGUACCAGCGGAGCAGCAACACCAGAAUUCUUUGCCCCAAAUCAUGUGCUUAACUGUAAAAUACUCCACUUUAUUCUUAGAGGACUCACUGGUUUCUUUUCAUAAGCAAAAAAGUACCUCUUCUUAAAGUGCACUUUGCAGAAGUUUCACUCUUUUCUGAUGGGUUUGAGUUAGGAGCUCUUUCUCACUUUGUAGCAGAGCAGUAUUAACAUCUAGUUGGUAUAUUUAGGGAACGAGAGGCUGAAUAUUUGGAGCUUGUUGCAGAGUUGUUUGCUGGUAAACACUGGGUUGUGGAAAGACUUUUCUGUAUCUGACGGAGGUGGAAUGUGUAAUAGAGAAAUUAGACUGACUUGCAGAAAGAUUGAUUUAAUGUGAAAUUGUGGCAGAGAACUUUUAAUAAAAAUGCCUUAAGAGUAUUUAAAAUAUGCUUCCGUAUGCCAAAUUAAAGUAAUGUGACAGGAGAUUUUAUGUGCUUCAUACUGGGGUGAAAAAAUGUCUGACCCCUUACACUGCUGUCUGGGAGGCCUUGCAUGGUGAUAGCCUCCCUUGUGAUAGAUUUCUGUGUCAGCAAGUUCCCAAAAGGGGCUAGUAAAAUAACUCCAUCCCUGCUCAGUAAAGCUGCUCACCGAGUGAUUAGUUCUCAGUGAAAUAGGCCUUAAUGUUGCCUGUGGCAAGAUUAGAAGGAGUAUGAACAGCUGAGACCACACAUGCAAGUUAUCUUGAGGAGUGCUAAAUCCUUCUCUGUGGCAUCGUGGCUAACAACUUUGCCAAAUUCAUGUACUGUAUUUUGUGGAAAAUAACAUGCAUCCAGGCUUAUUGCCGAAAAAGAAUCUUUGAGUCGCUGUCCUCCAAGGUUCUUGUUUCUCCUUGUCUUGUCUCCUGUUUUUGUGGUGUUCUUUCUAGUCUGUUUUACUCCGGUUUUCCUUCCUUGCCCCCUAAAGAUUACUGGUGAAACUAGUGAAUGUAAUGGAACUUGACCGGUGAGGUCUCAUUAUAACAGAAGCGAGUGCAUUGAGGCUGGUGCACUUUUUGUACCUGUUGGGCAGUCUUCCUCUGCCCUUGGUGUACUUAAAUAGUGAUGCUUGCCAGUACAAGUGUCUUCUGGGGAGAAAUCUAAAAAGGUGAUGGCUAUUGGAGCUGAUGUUGUUGCAGAAAAUACAGUACCGUGACUAACUUAAAUAUUAAUAUUUAAAACAUUUUCUUGAACUGUCCCUUUUGCUCUCGUGCCCCUCAUUCCUGUUGUGUUUGCCAGGUUUCUGCAAGACUAAUUCCCCCGCUACUGAGAUUGAUUGGUCCUGUGCUUGUAUUUGUUUCUGGUGGUAGCUUGUCCUAAAACGUGUGUGUAGAAGGCGAGCAUUUAUGGUAAUUGUGGUUUAGUGCAUGAAUUGUUGUGAAAUUCAGAAGAAAACCCAAAUUCAGUGAAUGCCAAAAAAUGCAAGUAACCAGCCAUUGUUAAAUUGCAGUGGUGCUAUUUUUCUUGUGGCCUUUUAGAGUUUUGUUGCCCUAAAAUUCCAUUUCUCCAAGAAACCAUACUUCACCUGGAUUUUUCUUGACAGGGUUUUUUCUACUUUAAGCAGUUUCUAAAUAAAGUUCUGUAUUUCAAGAGUGUCAUGUCUGCUGUAGUCUAAUAUUCUGGGAUACAAUUAGGCUAAACUAAAGAUCUUGAUCGUUUCGGUCUGAAAUUUACACAACUCGAAAUGUCCCCUUUCCUCCUCCAGUUGUAACCACGUUCCUUGCUAACGUAAGCAGCAGUAAUACUGAAUUUGAGACUUCUGUUGGGGGAAAUGUCUUUAGCAUUUGUUUACAACAAGUGGAAGAAAUGGUAGACUGUGUGCUUUCUCUUUCCUUGGGUGUAAGCAUGCUACUGUACAUGGCUUGCGGCAAAGCCCUCUAAGGCGCUGUAUUGCUGGAAAAGACAAAGUUGGCAGCUAGCCUUAAAAGUCCUGAAAUGCUGAACAUAUGAAUGCUACCAGUGUCUGUCUUAAGAUGGCUGAAUCUCUUGUAACUUGGCCAUCUUGUUAAGUUUUCAGUAAGCUUCAUAGGCAAGCCUGAACGUUAGGUUUGUCAAAAGCACAAUGAAUGACCAGCUUCUGCCGGAAAUGCUGAUGUGGUUCCUAGGAGUUAUGACAGGUCCCCGAGACUUGCCCGUGUUUAUGCUGGAGGUGACUGGAACGGUCCAUGGAUCCAGUUUCCUAAGCAAUAGGCAGUGGUGGCAACAAAAAGAGUACUGCAGUGUGGAGGUGCAUAGGAGGGAUAGGGCUUUGCACAUAAAAUCUUCUCUCCCAUUGCUUAUUUGCUGUAGUGUCCAAAGCUUGCUCUCUUGCAGCUUUUUGAUAUCUAUAUGCUAAACACUCGUUCUCCCUGCAUACUCAAAGCAAAAGAUGGAGGUAACAACGUGACUGGUGGAACCUGACUUGGGAGGUGAGACUGGGCCUUUCAGCAUCUGUGAGAAUUAAGUUUCACACUGAUCGCGGUUGCUUCAGAUGUGUCCCACAAGAGUAUGUUUGGCGGCGAAUCAUAAAGUAUCCAGGUAGCCACGCCAUCGGUAGAGUUGCACUAGAUCAGUUUGGUCUCUGCUGCCAGAAACAUGCCAAAAGAGAGAAUGAGGCGGAAAUAGAAGUCGUGCUCGUGUCCUGUGACUGCGUAAGAUGGUCAGAUGUGUAGCAAUGGCCAGUGAGGCAACACAAGCAAAUGGAAACUUGCAGGGCUGCAAGUCAAAUGCUGCUAAAAUUGUUAGUUCCCUAAUACCAAGAAAGAUGUUAGUAAAAUUAGCAAACUCUUAAUACAGAUAAUUUAUUCACAACACAUUUGUAUAUCACAGAUGUCUCGACAUGGUGGCUUUCCUUUUUUUGUUCUGUUUUGUUUUCCUAAUUUCCUUGUUGGGAAGCAAAUUGCCAGAAUAAAUUCAGCUCAAACCCAUGAAAUUCAUGUAGCUAUUCUGACCUGGUACAGUACUGGCUGUUUAGAUAUUGAAUGCUCUCCUGCUGGGAUUCUUUCAGAAGACAUCCAACCUUUCGUAGCUCUUUAGUUUGAUCAAAUACCUGAAAAGCAAACAAUGGAGCAACCAAACGCUCCUGUUUGUCUUUUCUGUACCCAACACGUGUCUUACUUACAGGUGGGCUUGCAGAUAUUUUUUAACUUUAUUGUUCAAUCUUUUCAGAAUUCCUGGCUUGCAAUGACAAUUCUUACUGUAACUGUUAAAAGCCUACAAAUAAAGGCUAAGAAUUUACAUCA